AUGUAUGGAGAGAGAAAAACUAAUUGGAAAUGCCAUGUUUGUAAACCGAGAAACAAAUCUCAAAAUAACCUGUAUCAAUCUGUUGUGUUUGAUGAGACUAGUCAACAAAAGAAAGCAAGAAAUGAUGAUGAUGAAGGAAAUGAUAAUGCAAAAAAAUUUAAAGAGUCAUUAUCAUUAAGCUCUCUUAAUUCUAAUCUCUGCUCCGUAGAAUCAAAUGUUACUGAGCUGAGAGGUGAAUUGCAGGCCGGCAUGAUGGAACUAAAAAGCCAAAUGGAAAUUUUAGUAACAAAUUUUAACAAACAACACAUGCAAAUGAACGACAACAACAAAGAGACUCAAUUAGCUUUAUCUACAAUAACAAGCACCCUAUCAAGCCUUGUAACUCAAGUCUCUGAUCUCAACGAAAAAGACAAAACAAGAGAAAAACAAAUUACAACGAUGGAUACACGCAUGAACAAAUUCGAACAACAAUUAAUAGUCAAAAACAUUGAGAUUAAAAAUAUUUACAACAAUGACAUCUCUGCAUUCGAGGUUGUGAAAAAAAUCGCAAACUCCCGUAAUGUUGAGAUAAACGAAUUUGAUGUCGACAGAGCAUAUCGCCUUAAGAGACAAAAUGAUAAAAUAAUAGUGGAAUUCUCUUCACUUAACAAAAAAAUAGAAUUCAUGAGCAAAAUAGAGCGCCAUAGAGUAGACUCGCAAAUAAUAAACAGUAGUGGAGACAGAAAUAGCAAUGCCAAAUACAUAUAUAUUAACGAUCAAUUAACAUUUAACUACCGCAGGCUACUAUGGAUAACGAAGACUAAAGCCCACGAAGCAAACUGGAAAUACGUCUGGGUCCGCAAUGGCAACAUAUUUGCUCGUAAAGCCGAGAACAGUCCCGCUGUUUCUAUUAAUAAUGCCGCCGAUAUUGAAUGUAUCACCUCCACAAUUUAA